AGGAAUUCUUUCUGUCAGACUUCUACGUAGGCUGCUUUACCUCUUCAAGGACGUUCAGCAUGCACGAAGAAGAAUUGUACAGCUCUCUUCAGUGGGACACUCCAACCUCAGAGGCCUCUCAGAAAUGUCUGUGUCCUAGCAAAUGUUCAGGAACAUGGUGUGUCAUGACGAUGAUUUCCUGUGUGUUCUGUGUGGGCUUAUUAGCGACAUCCAUUUUCUUGGGCAUCAAGUUCUUCCAGGUGUCCUCUCUUGCAAUGAAUCAGCAGGAAAGACUCAUCCAGCAGGACAUAGCAUUGCUGAACCUCACAGAGUGGCAGAGAAACUACACCCUGCAGAUGAAAAACUGCCAAGCCUUGCAACAAAGAUCUCCCCGCUCAGGUAGUAACUGCAGCUAUUGUCCACACAACUGGAUUCAGAAUGGAAAAAGUUGUUACUAUGUCUUUCAAAUCCAGAAAAAAUGGAAUGGCAGUAAGGAGAUUUGUUUAAAGGAGGAUGCCAGUCUCCUUCAAAUAGACAGCAAAGAAGAAAUGGAUUUCAUCAUCCACAGCCUACAGAUACUCAAAGGAUUUGGGUACUGGGUGGGAGUGUUUCAAGAUGAACUCAGUCAAUCUUGGUUCUGGCAAGAUGGUUCCUCUCCUCUCCUUGACUUUUUGCCAACAGAGAGUCAGUUAUCAGCCCACCAGAUCUGUGGAUACCUCAAAGACCGUUCCCUCUUCUCAGACACCUGCAACCGCUGGAAAUAUUUUAUCUGUGAGAUGAAUGCAUUGGGAUCCUGCAUCUGAAAGAUCCAGCUCAAAGCUACCUCUGUUGCAUGAAGGUUUAGAAGAGAUCAAAGAGCAAAUGCAGAAGGAGAUUGGUGUGUGGGCCGUGAAAGCAAACUUGCUUUUAUAUUUACGCUUAGCAAUACUCUUGAAUGUUUUGCAGAUUUCAGUUGACCUUGUCCUGUAGUAUGCCAAGGAGAAAAUUGAUUUAGAGCUACAGAAGCCCUGACUCAUUGAGAACAAAGAAGAGAAAAUCAUUUCCUGUUUGUUUGGAAGUCCAAAGUGAUUACCCAUACUACAAAGACAUUUAGCCAUCAUUGUGGGAGUUUGCACAGUAAUCCCUGAUUUGUUUUUUAAUAAAUAAAUUAACCAUUAUACUGAUUACCAUUAACAAUUGAUAGAUUUUUCUUCAGAUCAGGAAUUGUAUAUCAUAAGAUCGCACCCUGAGAGGAGACAGAUUUCCAAACUAGUGUUACUAUGAAUCACAUGCCUGGGGUCCUUUGGCUAUAGAUAAAAAUGAGCAGGAUAGAAGGGGCUGGAGAGAUGGCUCAGUGGUUAAGAGCACUGACUGUUCUUCAAGGUUGGAUAAAGCACAGACAAAUAGCCAAACGAAUGGAAACACAUGAACUAUGAACCAAUGGCUGAGGGGUCACCAACUGGAUCAGGCCCUCUGAAUGGGUGAGACAGUGGAUUGGCUUGAUCUGUUUGGGAGGCAUCCAGGCAGUGGG